AUGUCUGGCCAGAGCAACGGUGCCCGCGGCGCCAAUAAUCAGUUCACCUCUCGCGCCAAGCCCACGCCACCCGGCAAUGAAGAGGCAUCCGCCGUGCUGAAUCUCGGCGAGUUCCAGGACGUCGACACCUUGACACUCUCCGAAGCAUCCCUCGUCAUCAACGCGCUAGUUAACAAACGCCGGCUGGAGGGCAAGGACGUGGAUAAGAAUGAGAUGCUCACCAAGACCAUGGACUACCUCGACAACUUCGCGCGAUUCCAGAAGAAGGAGAAUGUCGAGGCCGUGGAGCGACUCCUGAGUGCGCAUAAAGAGUUCCACAAGUUCGAGCGGGCACAACUGGGAACGCUUUGCUGCGCCGAUGCUGAUGAGGCAAAGACGCUGAUCCCCUCAUUGCAAGACAAGAUCACUGACGAAGACCUGGGCGAGCUUCUGGAAGAGAUGCAGAAAUUCCGAUAA